CGCAAAGGUAGAAGAAAAGGGCAUGUUAUUUCAGCAAGACAUUUCCAUAGUUGAGUAAAUGAUUAAUCCCACAAAUAUGGAUGAAAAAUUAUCCUGAAACGGCUGCGUUCUAGCGUAAGAUUUCAAGAGUGCACCGACAUUAAGGACUGCCUUGACAGGCAAACUGCGUCUUAUGCUGAGUUUAUCAGCCAACCUGACUCCUUAUGGCAUCUUCCCUCUGUGCUAGCUAGGACACGGGGUGGAAUGCCCUAAACAAGGCUUCCAGUGACUUGUCAAGAAGAUGGACUUGAACAUGAAAAUUAAAGCUGCCAUUUCAUCUCAAGUAAAACCCUGCACACACAAACUGGCACCAGAAAAGACUAUUUCAUAAUUACAUCAGUUAGACAGAGUCUGUGUGCCCAGUGGAUAUUUGAAUCUUCUGCUCCAACUACACUAUGGCAGAGAGGACCUUUGCACAGUUCAAACUGUUUUGGCGAGUACAGUGAGAUAUUUGGCCACUGGCCUGAACAAAAUUAAGUAAUGGUGUUUGCUCCAGGAAAUAAGUGAUAGCUAAACCUGUUCUCAUGUAAAUCUGUGCUAACAUGUAAUUUUAUGACCUACAAUGCAGUUCACACCUAUAAAUUCACCUAGGUAGUCAUUGCUACAAAAAACGUUUGUCACUACUGAACCAACAAACUUUUUUGCAUAACCUAACAAGUGAGUUCAGAAGAUAUUAGUCCUAGUUACAAUAUACAGAGUUUGAAUUACACAAUGGUUGUACAAAAGCUGCAUAGUGCCCAUUUCCUAUGGGUUGGGAUCCUCAUAUGUGGCUUCAUGGAAAUAGGCACUUGUCUAGAAUUUACAGGCACUGAGGGACAGUGGGCUAGGUUUCCAGUGUGGAAUGCUUGUUGUGAAAGUGAAAUGAGCUUCAACAUGAAAACCAAGAGCUCCCAUGGGCUGCUUGUUUAUUUUGAUGAUGAGGGAUUUUGUGACUUUUUAGAACUUCUACUAAUAAACAGCAAACUCAGCCUUCGCUACUCAAUCUUCUGUGCGGAGCCUGCAACUGUGGUGUCUGACACAGCGCUCAACGACAGCCAAUGGCACACCGUCACAAUUAGGAGAAACUUUAAGAACACAACCCUUGCUGUGGAUGGCGAGAUAAAAUGGGUGGAAGUGAAGUCGAAAAGACGAGACAUGACUGUUUUCAGCCAUUUGUUCAUUGGUGGAAUACCGCCGGAGCUAAGGUCCGUGGCGUUGCGCCUUACGUCGGCAGUUGUCAAGGAUCAGCCUCCUUAUGCGGGAUGGAUAACAGAUAUAAAGGUCAACAACACGGAGUCUGAAAUGAUCAACAGCGAGGGUGUGUUAAUGGAUGUCUGUGGUACAGCUAACAUGUGCUUAAAUGGAGGAGUCUGCAGUUUAAAUAACAAUGAACCGACAUGCGACUGCUCUCACACUGGCUUUCAAGGAAAGGACUGCAGUGAAGAAGACAACAAUACCGAAGGUCUGGCACACCUGAUGAUGGGCGACCAAGGUAAAAGUAAAGGGCAGAGAGGAGAAACUUGGCUUGUAAGGUCCCUACUGAGCAUACAAGUAUAG